AAAUGAUGAAGUUGCAGUUGACGCCGGUCGUCCACGACAGACGUGAAGGGUUACAUCUUCAAAAGUUGUCAAUAAGUAUCAAUAUAGUAAACACAAAAAUGGCAGUUGCAGCACCUACUGAUUUCAAGUACUUAUCUAAUCAAGCAUGUCUCGCUGCAAAAGAAUUUGGUAAGCUAUACUUCAGCACUUUUGACAGACAGAGACAUAAAUUGGUAAAGCUUUAUGCUGAUUUAUCAACUGUUGUGUGGAAUGGUAAUGCUUAUACUGGUACUACAAAAAUAAACGAGUUUUUUGUAAGCCUUCCUGCAACUGCUCAUAAACUUACUUCGAUGGACUGUCAACCAAUCAACGGAAUUGCUACUUCAAAUCGUAUUUCGAUACUUGUGGUAUGCGAAGGAUACGUUAAAUACGGCAACGAAAACGAAAGAAAGUACUUCAGUCAGACUUUUAUUUUAUUAUUGAGUGACAAUGAAAAAUGGAAAAUAGUUAGUGAUUGUUUUCGAUUUAUUGAUAACGAAUGACAUGUACCAGUGUGUUUGUUUUUAUAUAUUAGAAUAAUUAACUUUUAACAA